AUUGAGACCAGCCUGAAACACUCCACACUCACAUCGCCCAUACACAUUUCCUCCUCACGAAACAACGGCAAUGCCUGCCCUCUACGUCGCAAUCUACUACCCCCGCUAUGGGAACUACCAACACUGGGCUCUCCACCUCCACACCGAAACCGAAGACCUCAUCUUCGAAGUUGACGGCGAACAUCCUUCCUUUCAAAAAGUGACGUCCCGCGGCAAGCCCUCCGACUCCGAUCUCCUCAUCAUGUCACUGCUGGUCAGCGAAAUUGGGGAUCCCGACGUGCCCACCGUCAAAGCGGCGGUAGAAGCCGCCCGCGUCGACAAUGAAACACCGGAAUGGGAUUGUCAGGAAUAUGUGCUGGAAAUUCUGGAAGCGUGCGAGCAGGAGGCAGUAUUAGAUCCAGAUGAUGAGCAUUAUGUCGAGGUGAUGAAGUUCUUGAAAUCGAAGCGGGGGCCCACACUUUGAUGGUUGAUAUUCAUAUUUGUGGUUGUCGUUGUUUUGACGGAUGUGGAUGCCGAGUUCGGCUUUCGGCGCCGAUGUCGGUUCGGCACGGGAUUUCAAUCUAUGAGUAACGAGGUUGCAUUGAUGGCGAUUAGAAA